AUGGGUCCAUUUCGCUGGCCAAGUACUGAAAAUGACAUUGCAUUGGCAAGGGAAGUGGCAGCUUCUCGACCCGAAAAGCCAAACGAUUGGGAUGGAAUUGCAACUCGUCUGAGUGAACACUUUAGUACUGAUGGAAAACCUGUCGAGUUGAAGGCAAGAGGUUGCCGUGAGAGAAUGGACAGACUUCUGUCCAAAUACAAACAAGAAGAUGCAAAAUCACUUAAAAGGUAUAAAUAGAGUUUGUGUUUAUUCAAUUAAAGUGGUUUCUGAUCGAGGGUACCUAAAUAUCGAGUUAGGAUUGGGGUCAGGCCUUGAGCCAAGGACUCGGGAUUAGGGUUUAGGCCUUGGAGUAAGGUUUGGGGAUAGGGUUAUGGGUUAGGUCACCGGGUUAUGGGUUAGGGCCACUGGGUUAUGGGUUAGGAUUAGGUUGGGGUUUGGGGCUAUGUUUAUGGAUUAGCCUGUAUGGAAUGACACUUUUUGUGCACUGCACAUUUGACAAAAUGUGCACCAAAAUACUAGUAAAUAUUUUAGCAGGAGCAACGUUGCCGUGCAUACGAUCUUCAUUCCAUACUGGUGGAUUAGGAUCUAAACAUAGUCAGACGUAUAUCGUUUUGGGUUAGGAUCCAAACAUUUAGUCAGAAUAUAAACAUAGUACAUUCUCACAACAAAGUCCAAAGUUUGUAACAAGCAUUUGAAGGCUUCAAUUAGGUCAGCCAAUUAGCUUGGAGCUAGUUAAAUAUGAUUGCCCAAUCAGAUUAGAACAGGUCAAAUAGUAUUGACAAACAUUGAAUACUUCUGUGCAAAUAGUUAAUGUUUUUUUCAAAAUACACAAUGUUUUGAGCUGCGUCAUUCAUAUUUAGUUGCAAGCAAUCCAGGUGAUCUUGAUACGCGGAAAAGUACUGGCACUAGUUGUCAAAUAGAAAUCCAUUUUAUGAUUAAAACAACUGAAUAUCUCCUGUAAUAUACUUUAUUUCGAUUCCAUAUUUUUGUCAGAGCUAUAGUUCUCAUAACCAAACAUAAUUACAAAAUUUCAACUAGUUUCAUAAAGAAUAACGAAAGAUAUAAUUGACUGAAUACAUCAAAAUAGAUUUCUUUUCGGAUAACCCUUUCUGAGCGCUGAUUGGCUAAAAUACGAACACGAGAUCACCUGGAUGGUAGUAUAUCUCUUUCUGGUUGCGCAUAAGUGUUUGUGGAGCUGUGUCAUAGUACAUAUAUGCAUACCAUUUCUCAAACCAUAAUUUUUGCUUAAUUUUCAUUUUUAUCAAGUGCUUGUAUUGUAUAUAUGCUACUUAGCAAAUAAAUUGUGGUCUGGUUCAGUGAUAAUAUUUAAUAGUUUCUCAGUGUGAUUCAUUUUAUGUAAGACUUGAAUUUCAUUAAUUUUAAAAUUAAAAGUCUAUUGCAAUUUUAAUAGAUCUGGUGCUGAGGAGGACUAUAACGAAUUAAAGCAACUACUAGAAGACAUAUCAACAUUCCGAAGGGAUAUGAUGGUGCUAAAGGAUAAAGAAAAAGAAGAGAAACGGAACCAAGCUGAGAAUGGAAAAAGAAAGGCAGAAAUGAUGAGAAGGGCUGUCAUGGAAAGGAGGAGAGAAAGUAUGUUUACCAAUAGACGGAUGUAAUUAUUUAUCCAUUCAAAAUUGGGCAUACAUGUAUUUACUGUUUACCUAAAAUUUUUAUUUGCUACAUUUCAUACUGUAGCUUUAUCACUGUUUAAACAAUUUUAGUUGUCUGUGGUACCUAGGUUGACUGGCUAUUAUUUGAAUGAUUUGAAUCUCUGUUUUGCUAAUUUUAGUUGUUCAAUUUGUCUUCCAAAAGCAAGUAACUUAAAUGUUUUCUUAAAAAUAUUCUAUAGUAUCUUCUCCUUAUAAACCCUUGUUAAAAAUUUUAAAUUUUGAUAUAAUCCUUACUGUCUUUAGCAUAUGAUGAUAACCAAGACUCGAUUCAUUCAAGUGAAGAAGAAAGUGAAGAUGAAGAAUUGAUCAAAAAGAUGGUGCGCAAAGGUACGAAAUUUCCAUCAGAAAAUAAUGUUUUACUCUAUUGUUUGAAUGAAACAUUUGUAGAACAGACAAUGAAAAGUUGCAAACGCAAAAAAAAUGUUGAUAGAACUUUAUUUAAUCUACAGAUAGCAAAAGUAACAGACCACGGCUAACAAAGUUAACUGCUAUGGAAAUGCUUGCUAAUAAAUACGAAAAAAAAGCUGAAUUGAAAGAAAAGGAGUUGGAAAUUCGAAAAAUGGAGCUAGAGCUUAAUACCAAGAAACACGAGAGUGAGGUGCAAGAGAGACAAAGGCGACUAGAAGUCGAAUUAGAAGAAAGAAGAGCAAUGUUGGGCUUAGUGCUUAGCAGGAGCAACAUGCAACAUUGA